AAAAAAAUCAGAGCUUUAAAGUCCCCCUAGCGUGUAUCAAAUUCCUUCCAGUAUUAAUUCAUGACUGUCGAUUCUACCUACUCGUAGUCUUAGUGUUCAUGGUGUAUAAAUCAAUCCAAAAAUUCAACAUACAAUGGAACAACAGAAAGCAACAGGGUAUACCCGCCCUACUGGAAUUGAAAUGGAUCAACCUGCUAGUUCGGUUUUUUUGCGUGCGAAUCAAGUCAAGCCACCUGAAAUACCAGUUCGUGCAGGAACAUCAAGCAUAAAGGCACCGGAAGUUCCUCCUAAAAAUAUCAUCAAAAGACCAACGACAAUAGGAACUUGUAGUAACGGGAAUGAAGGUAGUAUUGCUGGCGUGUCUGAAGUAACACAGCGUCUUGGUCCAAUACCUUCGCGAAAUCCUCAGAAAUUGGUGCAUCAUGCCAAAGGUAUUUUUCCACAAACCACAUCAACCGGCACUACUACAAGCGCACCAAUUGUUGCAACAACCAUGGAUAAAAUUGUUGGUUCGGUUCCCUCCAUACACCAUGAAUCAGGCAAACUGGCCUCCAAAUCAACUGAUAUAGAAGACUACGGUUCGGAGGACGCUCUCCGGGGUAUCGAAAGUGGACUUCGAAACGUAGAACGUGCUAUAAAGGAGCAAAUGAUUUUAAGAUCGUCAAUAGAAGCUGAGGACAUAUCGAAGAUGUCCCACGUACUGAAAUUCGUUCGCCAUGAAAUGCUAGGGAAGCUCCCGAAUAAUAUGGGAUCAGCUACAACGCUAGAGAAUUCGUUUGAAGGCACAUCGAGCACAACUGUUUUGCAAGGAUUGAAAUAUGACCUCUUUGACCAGGGCCAGAGGAAAAUCAGCCUAGAACGUGGAGCCAGCAUGGAAAAAUUGCGAUAUGAUACGAGCGGGUCAGGUAUAUUAAAUAGUGAAAAUGGUAUGGGCGGCCUGGAGCGUGGCGCGCAGCAACGUCCUAUAGAACAUCAUUUUCGAUCUCUGGAUCGUCAUCUACCAGUCGAGCUUCAGUAUACCUCUGCUCAACGGCAAAGGUCACAAGAAAUGGAGUUUAUCAAGCAACAACUUCUCCCGGUAAUAACUAGAAAUCAGGAUUCGAAUAGUUUGAAUCGUGUGGGAAGUUCCAAGGAAGAUCUCAGAUCAAGGAGACGUUCUUCGCAUGACGAGAGCUUGUAUACUAGCAGCAAUACAGUCACACGUAUAAAAGAUUCCACUCCAUGGGACGAGUCGACACAAUCGGUGAUGCAAAGGAAAACUCAGCUAACGGCAAUGCUAGGAGAUUCCCAAAGAUACGAAGCUAAACGAUUAGAAAUAGAUGGUUGGCUUACAAGGAUGGAGAAUAUAACAGAACGAAUGGGGCCUGUGGCAACGACGGCGGAUGUCUUAGAGAUACAACAUAAAGAACAAAAGUCAUUUCAUGCUGAGUUUCAUAAAUUCAACCAUCAAAUAGAGUUGUUCAACCAAUUGACUCAAAAACUGAUUUCAGUUUAUCAAUGUGAUGAUACAUCAAGAAUAAAACGAAUGACCGAGUCCAUAAAUCUAAGAUAUAACAAUUUAAACACUUCGAUAAUAUCCCGAGGCAAACAACUGCACGCCGCAAUGCACUCACUACAGACAUUCGAUCGAACUUUUGAACAGUUUCUAGGAUGGCUUAGUGAAGCAGAAUCCGUUUGUGAGAACACUGAAUCAGAAGCUGAGCGGAACCCACAUUGUCUACAGGAUUUUCAGUCAGAUAUUGAUUCCAACCGAAAGGUGUACGAAGGACUUGAUAGUACAGGAAGAAAAUUGCUGCGAUCGUUGACUUCUCAGGAGGAUGCGGUUAUGCUGCAACGCAAACUGGAUGAAAUGAAUCAGCGAUGGACUCAUCUUAAUUCACGUAGUGCAGCCAUCAGAAAUCGUUUGGAAUCGAAUUCAGAACACUGGAAUGCAUUAUUACUUUCAACACGCGAAUUGACGGAGUGGGUCAUUCGGAAGAAUACAGAGCUUACGUCGAUCGGAUUUGGUUCCAUAAACGGCGAUUCCAAUAGUUUGCAAAAGCAAUUGGAUGAGCAUAAAGCAUUUCGCAGAAGGCUAGACGAUAAGAAGUCUAUAAUCGAAAAUAAUCUAUUAAGUGGGAGACAAUACAUAUCGAAUGAAUCACCACUCUCAGAUGCUAGUGACUCAGAGGCCAUUGAUGAAAUUAUGUACAUGUCUACUGAUCAGCAAAAUCGUAUACUUAGUCGUAGCAUUCGUCGAGAAGUGAAUAAGCUGUCCGAGCAGUGGUCUUUACUUAUAGAAAGGUGCGAUAAAUGGAAACAUCGGCUGGAUGAAAACGUUACGAGAAUGCGUCAGUUUCAAAAAAUUCUCGAUGAUUUGAGCUCGCGCGUAGCAUCGGCAGAAACAAUAACACACUCCUGGGCAGCGCCCAUGCCUGCCGCUGAUCCAACUGAAGAGGUGCAGCAUUUACAGCGUCUAAAGGACAAGUUGGUUACUGCAAAUGCAUUGUUGGAUGAUUGUAAUGAGCAGCAGCAUUUCUUCUCAUCUUGUCAUGUAAUCGUGCCAAGUCCAAACCUAGCAAAGCUGGAAGAUAUAAGUACACGCAUGAAACUUCUUCACAUUGCUGUCGAGGAAAGAUUCAAAAUGCUACAGCAAAUCAACGAACAACACGGGGAUCGCAAUACGUAUAACAUGGUUGCUGGUAGCAACGUUGAAGAUGGAGCAAAGUUUUCUAAAGCCCUGCAUAUUGCAGCGGUUGGCUCAUGCGUACCAGAUCUAGAUAAAAGCGUUCAAAUUCCCUGGGAACGGGCCGUGACGCCUGCUAAUGUGCCUUACUAUAUAAACCACGAACACGAAAGUACGCACUGGGAUCAUCCAGAGAUGAUAGAAUUAAUGAAAUCGUUGGCUGAUUUGAAUGAAGUUCGGUUUUCGGCAUAUCGCACAGCUUUAAAAUUACGUACCGUGCAAAAACGAUUAGCAUUUGAUCGUCUCAACAUGGGAAUGGCAAUUGACGUUUUCGACCGAUAUGGGCUUCGUGCACAAAAUGACAAACUGAUUGAUAUUCCCGACAUGAUAACGAUUCUCAACUCUUUAUUGUCAACUGUGUUAGAUUCAAUUGACCGGAACGUAAUGCUCGAUUUGGCAAUCAAUUGGAUAUUAAAUGUGUAUGAUUCACAGCGUACAGGACAAAUUCGUGUCCUGAGUUUCAAGGUGGGACUUAUACUUCUGUGCCGUGGACAUUUGGAAGAAAAAUAUCGCUAUCUAUUUCGACUGAUUGCCGACUUGGAGAAAAAGGUAGACCAGCGAAAAAUGGGACUGCUAUUACACGAUUGCAUUCAGGUACCUCGUCAAUUGGGAGAAGUGGCGGCAUUUGGAGGAUCUAACAUCGAGCCAUCGGUACGUUCGUGUUUUGAGUUGGCGGGCAACGUGAGUCAUAACGCAGAACUACAUGAGGCAGCAAUAGAAGCUCAACACUUUUUAAGCUGGCUGCAGCAAGAACCACAGAGUUUGGUGUGGCUUCCAGUGUUGCAUCGCUUAGUAGCAGCAGAAUCGGCGAAGCAUCAGGCGAAAUGUAAUAUUUGCAAGGAGUAUCCAAUAGAAGGUUUCCGUUAUCGCUGUUUGAAAUGUUUCAAUUUCGAUAUGUGCCAAAAAUGUUUCUUCACCGGAAAAAGUACGAAGAAUCACAAAUUAAGCCAUCCCAUGCACGAGUACUGUACAACGGCCACUUCCACCGAGGAUGUUCGGGAUUUCACUAGGGCAUUAAGGAACAAGUUUAAAAGCAGGAAAUACUUCAAAAAGCAUCCUCGCGUUGGUUACCUGCCUGUGCAAAGCGUUCUCGAAGGAGAUGCACUUGAGAGUCCUAUCCCAAGUCCUCAGCAUGGUACGCACACACUGCAAAACGAUAUGCAUUCGCGCUUGGAAAUGUAUGCAUCACGUUUGGCACAAGUUGAGGGAGGUACAAGAACAAAUUCAACUCCUGACAGUGAUGAUGAACAUCAUCUUAUUGCACAAUACUGCCAGUCACUUCCGCCGUCUGCAUCAACGAAAUCAAGAAGUGCCGGCAAUGGCAGUGCCGCACCAAAAUCUCCAGUUCAAGUAAUGGUAGCUAUGGAAGCCGAACAACGAGAAGAAUUGGAAACGAUGAUAAAAGAGCUCGAGGAGGAAAAUGCAAAUUUGCAAGUGGAAUAUGAAAAACUAAAGGCAAAGAAAUUGUGUACACCUAUAACCACUCCAGACGAAGGUUACAAAACACCGACCUCAGCAACGUCUGCGGCAGCUUCUCUUUCGUCGACAGGUGGCUCGGAUAUGGUAACUGAGGCCAAACUUUUACGCCAACACAAAGGUCGGUUAGAGGCUAGAAUGCAGAUUUUAGAAGAUCAUAAUAAACAAUUGGAGGCGCAAUUGCAACGCCUACGUCAGCUGUUGCAUGAACCGUCGCAAUCCAAACCACAAACUUUACAAACACGUUCGGUGACGGCUUCACAGUUGAACACUGACUCUCCGGCAAAAAUUCAUCUCAAUGGACAAUAUGAUCAAAACCAAUCAUCAGAUCUAGGGCUAAAUUCUAAUUCAGUCUUUAAAGCAACAGGAGGAGGGAUGAAUGGUUGUAUGUCUACACAUGGUGACGGAAACAGGCAACGAGAAUCGUAUAAUAACGAUAGCACCGAUAAACCAGCAGAAGUUGGUCAACCAUGCGCUAUGCUAGGGUCUGCUACACAUGGUACUACUAAUAAAUUAAUAACUUUAUCGGGAGGAACUGGCAGGAGUACUGAAUAUGGUAUGGACGACCGUCCUCCACCACCAGCUCAUAAUAGUUUGCUGCACAUGGCCGAUGAUCUUAAUAAAGCAGUAGAGGAACUAGUUCAUAUCAUGACAUCGGAAUCCAACAAUGAGCAGUAAAGCGAUAGCACAAUAUAUACAAGCAUUUUUGAUGUAGGUAACGAUAUCAACGGAUUUUUGUAAUGGAAACAUUAGGCAGUAAUAAUGCUUAAACACAAAUAUUUAAAAAAAAUUAAAAUAUUAAAUGAUAUGUAUCGGUUACAUACAUUUGCUAUGAAAUUAAAUUAUGAAUUACAUAUAUUGAUACAAAGCAUCACUCAUAACUUGACAUGCAAUUAAUCGACAUCAUAUGCACACAUAUCUACAAUCAUAAAUUAUCUUACAAUAAAUAUAUAUAACGAAAAGUAAUCAAAUCAAAAUUUGGUAAAAGACUAAAAUAGUCCCCUACCCCCCCCACUCACGGUGAGCUACUAAGUGACCGAAAAAAUGGCUAAUUUCUACAUUUUUGGUAACCAAAUCUUUAUUAAAAUAUGCGGAAACGUAAAUUAAUGUAUUAAGAAGGGGGGAGGGGUGAAAAAGUUAGGCUUAAUCAGUUAAAAAGUGUUUUUUGGGUCACUCUUUUGGGUAACUCACCAUGAGGGGGGGGGGGGGGGCUAUUUUAGUCUUUUACCCAAAAUUUUAUCUAAAUAAAUUGUAUAAUAUGUUUAGGUAAAAGAUUAAAAUAGGCCCCCAACCCACGGUGGGCUACUAAGUGACCAAAAAAAUCGCUAAUUUCAACAUUUUUGGUAAUCAAAUCUACAUUAAAAUAUGCGGAAAUGUAAAUUAAUGUAUUUUGGAAGGGAGGAGGGGUGGAAAAGUUACAUUAAAUCAGUUAAAAAGCGGCUUUUUCGGUUGCUCAGUAACUCACUGUGAGUGGGGGGCCUAUUUUAAUCUAUUUUACCUAUGCUUACAGUCAUAGAUACUGUGAAAUAUACCAAACUUUUUGUAUAGUUUUUCUCGUUUUGUUUGCAAUCCGUAAUAACAUGUGCAUUAAAAAAAGAGAUAAAAUUUGCCGAUUUUUCAUGGGCAAACCGUCAAACGCACUGCUAAAACUAAAAAUGCAACAUCAAUAUUAGUUAUCCAUGAGUCAUCAGACAAAUUUUUAAAGCUCUAUCAGUCGAACUCUAAUUGUGAUGGCGAAAAGAGUGAAGCAACUUCUUUCCGAGGUUUGCGCAUUUCAAAAACGGGUACCCAAAAGUUCAUCGUGUGUCAUUUUGUGAGUAUAUGAUAUAUUGCCGGAUAUGGCUGUCCCAAUAUCUGUAAAAUCUUUGCGCUAUUGCCCAAUAAUAAAAGCAUCACAGAAGGCAUGGUGCUGGACGGCCGACGACUCUGACCAACAUAAAGCUCCAAAGGAUGCUGAUCCGACCGAGACCGAGGAAAAAGUAGCUACAUCGCUGCGUGGGAUUGGCCGUGAGAUCGGUGCAACUGCCCAAACAGUUAAAAAGAACUUGGCGGACAUGGGCAUACAUCUCGGAGCAGCAGGCAAGGACCCAAGGGCUUUAGUAAAAAAAAAAAGCGGCACAGUAUCAAUGUGAUACCGAAGAUUGCGAACCCUCUCAACGUCUCCCAGCUGCUGCCCACCGGAAAUUUAUAGGCUAACUUUAAACGUAGGAUCUAUUGUGACAAUUAAUAGCCAAAACGGAGGAGGAAUCGAAUAAAAAGUCACAGAAAGAGUUGAAAAACAUGUGCACAAAUAUGUUUUCGACUGCCAUGUCGAAAUUACCGGCUAACUGUCGGAAUCCUGCUCGGAAUGGCGCCAAUUAUUUUUGCGAAUAAACUGAUAAACUCAUUUUCCACGUGUAAUUUACAGGACUCAAUUAUCUGUCAUAGGUUAUUCUUUAUCACCAUUCAAAUUUUGUCUCUUUUGUAUGCAUACGUUAUUGUACGCAAUAUAUUUGAUUUGGUCUUGUAAUGAAUAAACACGUAAAGGUUAUCGCAGAA